GCUGAUUGGUCUUUACUAGAGAACGCAAUAUUUUCCGCCAUCUUUCGUCAAACAACGGAAAUCUCCGACAGAAGAUGAAGAAAAUUGGUUUUUAGGAAAAUUACAGACAGAAUAUGACAAUCGGAAACGAUUUUGAGUUCCAUGUGUAAGACUUUACAAGCAUGAGGAGUUUAAAUAUAGCCGGAUUGUGAUAAAAUGGGUAAUUUGCGAUAAUCUGUCUCCGCGGCGUUUCCGACAUGUCUGAAGUCGACAUUGCCGAAGAUCUACCGAAUGGUGACGAUUCGGCUUUCGCGGAUGAGCAGCACGAUGGAAGCGGCGAUGCUUCAAACUCUGUAGUUCAGGCUGUAGAUACAGAAAACGACGGCCACAGCACAAUAAGUGCUGAACAUGUAUUUGUUGCAACGUCGCAGGGUCUUCUGACAGCUGCAGAACAUUUUCAAGAAGCAAACGGCCUUAAAACGACACACAUUGUCAUUCACGACCAAACUCUGACAGUUGAUUCUAGUGGUCUGAAGACACCUACCACCCCUAUACCCCCUCCCACCCCUGCUACACCACUAAGCCGAGAGAAGGGAUUGAAAUACCAAUGGGACGAUUCUGUACACAUGACAAUUUUACCAGUGCGUUGUAAACACACGAAUGGAGAGCUGCACAAAGCUAAAUUUGGUUCAGGAGGAAGAGGGCGUUGUAUCAGAGCAUUUGAUGACGAAUGGUUCACUCCUAACGAAUUUGAGGCUAAGAGUGGACGUGCAAGCAGCAAGGAUUGGAAGCGAAGUAUCCGCUACGGAGGCAGAACGUUGCAGUGUCUGAUUGAAGAUGGUAUCCUCCAGCCCCAUGCCACCUCUUGUACAUGUGCAGCUUGUUGUGAUGAUGAAUCUGUGACUGGCCCCAUCCGAUUGUUUGUACCAUACAAGAGAAGAAAAAAGGACAGCGACAGUGAUGCUUCCUCUCCAACACGUAUAGAAACCAUUCCUGUGCCAGUCAAUAUAUCCAAAAAGCCAAGGAUGAAUUCCACCAAAUCGCCAGGCCCACCUGUCACACCAGUAUCUUUAGCCAAUGCUAUUACUCUUGGAAAUCAAGUUCCUGUGUCGAUGAAAGACCAUGUAGGUAUGAUGGUAUCGAUUGGCAACAACAUCAACACUCACGCACAGGGGCCACAACCAAUCAAAAUGACAAGUGCUGAUGGGGAAACUGUACAGAUAUUUACAACAGACGCAGCUGGAAAUAUCAUAACUGGAGACGCAGUGGUGAUGACCCCCUUACCUGUAACCCCUAAAGCUCCCCAGGCCACUGUGAUGACCGUGCCCGAUGUAUCUGAACAAAGACAGUGGUGGCAACUCGAGGAGCUUGUGAAUGGAGUACUGAGCCAAGCCCAACAGAUAAAAGGUCUGAUUGAACAAGCCAAGCAACAGAGUCAGAUGUCUCGAGAUGCUGCCAUUCAUCAACUCAAGAUGCAGAUGGACAAAGAAAAACAAGAUGCACUGAAUGCAGCACGAAUUGAGGCCCAGAUGAGCAUACAGCGUGCAGUAAUGGAAGAACGGGCUCAGAAAGAUAUCGCAGUACAGCAGGCACUGGCCACGGCACGGGCAGAGUUACAGGAGAAAUUAGACUCAGUUACUGUGGUGACAUGUGACAAAGUGACAUAUAAUGACUCGUGGACUCACCAAGGAAGCCAGAAUAACAUAGAGAGCAUCAUGGUCACAGAAGUAGAAGACGAUUCUGACAAGGAGAAAGAAUGAGUGGUCUAUUACGUGUUUCACAGAGACUAGUCAGUUGUGUUCAUGAGCCAUCUGGGCGGAUUUACCGACACCAGGAUCGCACAUUAUUGUAUUGAUUAGGCAUAGAUAUUUGUCUCUACAGAUGUAGUCUAGACAGACCAUGUAACAUCAACCGACAUUAGAUCUGAAUGAUCCCUGGAUUACAUGUUUCUUUCUAUAGAUAAGACACUGUAUGGAUAUGUUAGCACAAUGCCCCUUUCAAAUUCCCAAAUCAAAUGAGGCUGCUUUGAUUUAAUCAAUUACACAAGUAUUCCUUCAUUUUUGACUUUGAGAAAUCCAAGAUUUCCACUCAAUACACAUAUCUUGUCUGUGUCCUUGAAUAUGCAAUAAUAAAGCCAAAGGAUUUAUGUUACCCACUAGAUAAAUUUACCAAUCUAGAUAUGAAAUUAUAAAGGUUAGAAAGGUAUAUUCAGCUACAGAGCCUUUGAUUCCAAGAGUAGAGAAGAUUGGAACUCUUCGAUUUGGAUGUGCUCAUGGGCAAGUUGCAAUCCACCAUCAUUUCAGCUAGAAUGAUUAUCCGACCUUUCUAGAAGAUAUUGUUCCGACUGGGGUUGACCAUUCUGCAAACCUAAAGCCUCAACCAACUGUUACCCAAAUUGCAGACCAACUGCAACAAUUUGACUAGAGCGUACGAGUAGUUUUUUCAAAACCUUGGGUCACCAGAUGUUAUAUAAUGUACAGCCGUAGCCAGCAACACCAUCUAACACCAGCAUUGUAUAUAUUUAUCUAGUGGAGACGAGGAAGAGAAGCCAUUUUGUGUGCCUUAGUUUUCAGUCCUACAUAUAUAGCAGCUGCCCCAUAGCUAUAUAUAUAUUGGUUAACACUUAAUAUAGAACUGGCUGUCCAUGCUUUUUAUGAAAAUUUAUAAUAUAUCAUUAUUUAUUGUUGUUAUUAUAAAUAAUUAGUUCGUUUCAUUGUUAUACUCAAUCAAAUUAAAACUAGAUUCUUAUUUACCACGAUUCUGUGGAUCUGGGGAUAAAAAAAACCACUACAGACUUUGACACGUUUUAAUAUCCCUCAAAACUGUCAUCGUUGAAAAUAUGUGUACAUGUGGGUACUGCAGAAAAAUAUUAUCCCAGUUACAGAGUAGGUGGUAGUUGAUGUAAGAAGAUUAUAUCUGUAUUUAAUAUCGGAUAUUUUAACAUGAACACGGCUUCGACCUGCAGUCGAAGGUACAUGUAUGUAAUUCAGGGUCGGAAACACAAAUCAAUGUACCGGGUAUUACUGUGCAGAUGGAAAUAUUUGCAAGAGAUUUAAUUUUGAUCUUCUUGCGGUCAUUAAAUUAACCAUUGAAAUACACAUCCAGUGAAAAUUUAAUAUAUUAAAUUAAUUUUCACAUGCAAAUGUAUAAAAUGUUUCAUUAUGCAGAUUGCUUACAAGGUGGUGUGCUGCAAAGUUUAAUAGCUAGGACUAGUUCUGAUUAGAACAACCGUAAAAUUAAGAAAUGUGAAAUUAAACAACGAUGCAGUAGUCCAUUUCAAACAAGACAUUUAAACUUUUGAUAUUGACGGUACAGUACAAUGAAGUAAGUUUUAAACCAAGCAUUGCUGUUAAUUUUUUUUUUACUCAAUAGCAUUAAAAUACAGUUCAACAAUGUAUAUAUUCUGGCUUCUUAAAAUAAAGCCGUUAAUUUUGAUUUGAUUGGUUGUUUAGGCUAGAAAUUUCUGUUAUUCAUGGUAUAUCAGUACUAACAGAAACUAAGCAUCGUAAAGAAUUGGUAUCAACUUGUCUAAAGAGUGUGACAUCAAGACUUCUAUCGUAUAGAACUGGAUAACCUUGUCCAAGCAAUAUAGGCAGUGUAAUGAUUAUGUUAUAAUUACAACUGAAGAAAAAUUACAGAAAUUACAAAAAUUACAAUGAUAUAUUUUAUUUGAGAUAUAUGUUGUUGAAAAUGUUUGUAAUUUUGAUAUUGUUAUGUUUUUAACUCUCUAACCUGGCAAGAUAUUGAUUCAUUUAAAACAUAAUAUUUUAUCACCAUUUAAAAUAUUGUAUUUCACUGUAGAUAGUCAUUCCAGAUUGUUCAGUAACUUUAUAAUACAGAUAAUCGCUUUUCCCUUGAAAGGUAGUUAUCAAGUUAAAAUGCAAUACAUUCAAAACUGCAGCAAAAGGACUUUUGUUUUUUCGUUUAUUCAUGUCUGCUACCUGUUAAAAUAUGUUAUUGUUUUUAAUGGCCAUCACUGAAAAUGUAUUGUCUUAUGUAAAAAAAAUUGUACAAUAUUUAAGCGUCAGUUUGUGCAGUCUCUUUCUAUGGUGCCGCACAGUAGUAGAACUUGGUAACCUCUGACCUUUUGUACAUAUAUAAUUUGUGUUUGCAUUUAGGAUUUCAUUUAUUUAAGAUAAUGUGACAAAGUGCUAUUGAAAGUGUCGGACAGGCAACAAUUUAAUUGUUAGUCUUAAUCUAGACACUGAUUCUCAAAAAAGUAUUUGAAAAAAAAAAUGAAAAAAAAUAUAUAAAAACACAAAAAAAAAAAAAAAAAAGACGAAACAAAAACAAGGUGAAAAUUUCAAAGUUUUCAAAUGUGUACAAAAAUUGUCCACAUAGGAUUAUAAUAUAUUAACCAGAUGAAAGGUAUUUUUUGUUAGGAUUUUUAAAGUAUUGCAUUGGUUACCACCUUUUAAUGUGAUAUACUUACUAUACAUCUGUAUUUCUGUCCUGAAUGUUUGGUGGUUGGGGAUUGUUUGUAACGGCUGAUAUUUUAAUAUUUGUCGGUACAACCACAGGGACAUGUCUAGUCUUCUAUUUUAAAAAGAUAGCCAUGGCGAUAAGUUCCUAUAUAAAACUAGACAUGUCCCUGUGGUACAUACUACAACUGUGGCUGUUACAAGUUAAUCCCAGGUAAGAAAAUGUGAAAGGGAGAAUGUAUGGUAUAUGAUGUGUGGAUGUCAACAUACACGACGUUAUUAUUAAUAUUGAAGAGAGAGGAGACAGGAAAAGUUGAUGGAGAAGUUCGACUAUUUUCCUGGUAAAUAAAUGAACACUUGGUUACAU